AAAGGACAGAAAAAUGCCCAAAGCGGUCAAUGUUCGCGUCACCACCAUGGACGCUGAGCUGGAAUUUGCCAUCCAGCCCAGCACCACCGGCAAGCAGCUGUUUGACCAGGUGGUAAAAACCAUUGGCUUGCGUGAAAUUUGGUACUUCGGGCUUCAGUAUGUGGACGGCAAAGGUUACCACACUUGGCUAAAACUGGACAAAAAGGUGUCAUCUCAGGAUGUGAAGAAGGAGAACCCCCUGCAGUUCAAGUUUCGUGGCAAGUUCUUCCCUGAGGACGUUUCUGAGGAGCUGAUCCAGGAGAUCACCCAGAAGCUCUUCUUUCUGCAGGUGAAGGAGAGCAUCCUGAGCGAUGAGGUCUACUGCCCACCAGAGACAGCCGUGCUGCUGGCCUCCUACUCUGUUCAGGCCAAGUUUGGAGACUACGAUAAGGAUGUCCACCGGCCUGGGUACCUAGUGUCUGAGCGCCUACUGCCACACAGAGUCAUGGAACAGCACAAGUUAUCCAAAGAUCAGUGGGAGGAGAGGAUCCAGGUGUGGCACGAGGAGCACCACGGGAUGCUGAAGGAGGAUGCUAUGCUGGAGUACCUGAAGAUCGCCCAGGACCUUGAAAUGUACGGAGUCAACUACUUCGACAUCAAGAAUAAGAAGGGAACAGAGCUGCGUCUGGGAGUGGACGCCUUGGGACUCAAUAUUUAUGAGAAGGAUGACAAACUGACCCCUAAGAUUGGCUUCCCCUGGAGUGAAAUCAGAAACAUUUCUUUCAAUGAUAAGAAAUUCAUCAUCAAGCCUAUUGACAAGAAAUCUCCGGACUUUGUGUUUUACGCCCCGAGACUGCGCAUAAACAAGCGCAUCCUGCACCUGUGCAUGGGCAACCACGAGCUGUACAUGCGUCGCCGUAAACCCGACACAAUUGAGGUGCAGCAGAUGAAGGCCCAGGCCAAAGAGGAGAAACACCAGAAGCAGAUGGAGAGAGCCCAGCUGGAGAAUGAGAAGAAGAAGAGAGAGGCCAUUGAGAAAGAGAAGGAGCAGAUGGAGCAAGAGAAGCAGGACCUGAUGAUGAGGCUCUACCAGUUUGAGGAGAAGACCAAGAAGGCAGAGAAAGAUUUGCAAGACCAGCUGCAGAGAGCCAUGAUGCUGGAGCAGGAGCGCAGGAGAGCAGAGGAGGAGGCAGCUCGUCUGGAGGCAGAGCGUCAGGCUGCCCUGCUGGCUAAAGAGGAGCUGGCCCGCCACUCUGAGCAACAGAAGAAGAGUCAGGAGCAGCUGGCUGCUGAGCUGGCAGAGCACACAGCAAAGAUCAGCCUGCUCGAGGAGGCUAAGAAACGCAAGGAGGAGGAGGCCAACUCAUGGCAGCUCAGGGCCCGUGAGGCCCAGGACGAUCUGAUUAAAACCAAGGAGGAGCUGCACAAUGUGAUGACGACGCCUCUGCCGCCACCACCUCCUCCCAUGUACGACCACCUCAUGGAUGACAACAGUGACGACAACACCAGCAUGCACAGCGCCGACCUGCACAUGGACGGCAUCAACGACCACCGCAACGAGGAGGAUCGCCUGACUGAGGCCGAGAAGAACGAGCGCGUCCAGAAACAGCUGAAGGCCCUGACCUCAGAGCUGGCUCAGGCACGUGAUGAAUCAAAGAAUACCGCCAACGACCUCCUCCACAGUGAGAACGUGCGAGCUGGCCGAGACAAAUACAAGACUCUGCGACAGAUCAGGCAGGGCAACACCAAGCAGAGGAUCGAUGAGUUCGAAGCCUUAUAAGGAGCCCUCGGAAAACGUACCCUUUCUGAAUGGUCACUACAUAUCUCACUCUUCGACUGCCAGAUCAACACACAACCAUACCCGGACAUGUUUAACACACUGCUGCAGACUGAAUUGAAGCAGUAUAAGCAGAGCAGAAGCAUCACUACAGAGAGCAAGAAACUCCUGUUAUGAGUGCCCUGCUGGAUGCAGGGCUUUGCAAACCCUCUGAAGAAAUAUUAGUGCCAAAAACUUUCCCUUUUGUCUCUACUUAGUGUUUCAUUUCCCGUUUGUGUAUUUAAUUGUGUAAUUUGAGCAAUUCAGACCAAAAAUAGUCAUCUGUUUUUAGAGGUGGGAUGAAGUGGGGGAUUAGCCAAAUUAUUUUAGUAUUUUAUGAUGCGCACAGAGAGAAAAUAGUACAAGCUUUGCUUAUUUUUGAUGGAGGACCGUUUGUUGUUCAUGGUGACCACUCAGAAAGGGGGAACGAGCAGAAAAAUAGUUUUUAUUUUCCAUCAUAUUUGAACACUUCCAUUUAUGUUUAA